AGUAUAGAAAAUAUUCAAUUUCAUAUAUACAACAAAAAUGAAAUUGUUAAUGUUGUUGAACAUUUUGGUUUUGGUUUGUGAUAAUGUUGUUGUGUGCAAGGAAUGUACUAAUACGCCAACCGAGUUAUCGUCACAUACAUUUCGAUAUGAUUUCUUGAAUUCAAAAAACAAGACAUGGAAACAUGAAGUGUUGGAUUCUCAUCAUCAUGAUCAUUUGACACCAACUGAUGAUUCUGCUUGGGCUAGUUUGUUACCAAGAAAAGUAUUGAAACAACAAGAAGAUGAUGAAUUUGGUUGGAUGAUGAUGUAUAGACAAAUGAAAAGGCAAGGAGGUGGUGGUAAGUCACAAUUUGUUGGGGAUUUUUUGAAUGAAGUGCCAUUAGGUGAUGUUAGAUUAGACCCGGAUUCGGUUCAUGGGCAAGCUCAACAAACCAAUUUGGAAUACUUGAUGAUGUUGGAUGUUGAUAGUUUGGUUUGGAGCUUUAGAAAGACUGCUGGUUUGCCAACUCCUGGUACGCCUUAUGGCGGUUGGGAGUCCCCUGAUCAAGAGCUUCGUGGUCAUUUCGUAGGACAUUACUUGAGUGCCACAGCUCAAAUGUGGGCAAGUACCGGUGAUAAUUCACUUAAAGAGAAGAUGACUGCAGUAGUGACUGCACUUGGUGAGUGUCAAGAAAAGCUGGAUGCAGGGUACCUCUCUGCUUUCCCUUCUGAGUUUUUUGAUCGUUUUGAAGCCGUUCAACCUGUUUGGGCUCCAUAUUACACCAUUCACAAGAUAAUGGCAGGUUUAGUGGAUCAGUAUGUUUUUGCGGGAAACAAUCAAGCUCUAGAAAUGGUGACUCAAAUGGCAGAUUAUUUUUCUAAACGCGUGCAGAAUGUGAUUACACAGUACACUAUUGAAAGACACUGGAAAUCUUUAAAUGAAGAAACGGGUGGAAUGAAUGAUGUCAUGUAUCGGCUAUACACCAUAACAGGUGAUGCUAAGCAUUUGUUGUUGGCUCAUCUUUUUGACAAGCCCUGCUUUCUUGGACUGUUGGCUAUAAAGGCCGAUGAGUUAUCUGGAUUUCAUUCCAAUACGCAUAUUCCAAUUGUUGUUGGAUCACAAAGGAGGUACGAAGUAACUGGUGAUGCUCUUUACAAGGAAAUCGGGACGUUUUUCAUGGAUAUAGUGAACUCCUCUCACAUGUAUGCUACAGGAGGGACAUCAGUCGGCGAGUUCUGGUCUGAACCAAAAAGACUAGCAACCACAUUACAGACAGAGAAUGAAGAAUCUUGUACCACUUAUAACAUGUUAAAGGUCUCUCGGAACUUGUUUAGAUGGACCAAGGAAAUGGCGUAUGCAGAUUAUUAUGAACGAGCAUUGACUAAUGGUGUCUUGAGCAUUCAAAGAGGAAAACAACCCGGAGUUAUGAUAUAUAUGUUGCCAUUAGGCCCUGGGAUGUCGAAAGCUUCAGGAUACCAUAAAUGGGGAACACAGUUUAAUUCAUUUUGGUGUUGUUAUGGGACAGGGAUCGAAUCGUUCUCAAAAUUGGGUGAUUCAAUCUACUUUGAAGAAUCAGGGAAGAAUCCGGGACUAUACAUAAUACAGUACAUAUCAAGCUCGCUUAACUGGAAAUCUGGGCAGCUUUUUGUUGAUCAGAAAGUAAAGCCAGUUGCGUCAUGGGAUCCUACCCUUCAAGUGACUACCACAAUCUCCUCAAAGAAGGAAGGGUUGUCGUCUACUUUGAAUUUUAGAAUACCAUUUUGGACUACAUCAAACGCAAAAGCAACACUGAAUGGACAGGCUAUGCCUAUAACAUCUGCUGGUAAUUUUCUAUCCGUCACGAGAAAAUGGAGCUCAUCUGAUGUUAUUACUCUUGAAAUGCCAAUAACUCUUAGAAUGGAGGCCAUUCAAGAUGAUCGGUCUGAUUAUGCUUCUCUUCAUGCAAUUCUAUUUGGUCCCUAUCUACUCGUUGGCUUAACCACCAGUGAAACUAACCUAAAACAAAACUCGGGAUCUCUUUCUGACUGGAUCACUCCAAUUCCAUCCGAAUACAAUUCUCAAUUGAUAUCUCUUUCUCAAGAAGCAGAGAAGUCAAGCUAUGCUCUAGCAAAUGCAAACAAGUCCAUCACAAUGGUGAAGUUCCCAGAACCCGGAACUAGUGAUUCCGUUUCCUCAACGUUUAGAAUCAUCUUACAAGAAUCUCACAUUUCAACUCGUAUAUCGUCAUAUAAGGAUGCUAUUGGCAAAACAAUCAUGUUAGAGCCAUACAAUCUCCCAGGGAUGUUAAUAGUACAACAAGGGAAAGAGCAAAGCCUUGGAAUCAGUGAUUCCUCUGAUCUCGGGAAUGCAAGAUUCCGGUUAGUUGAUGCAAAUGAUGGAAUGGUAAGACUAGAGUCUGAAACCCAAAAGGGUUGCUAUGUAUACACUUCCAAUGGAACAGUAAAGUUAAGCUGUGAUUCCGAGGAAUCAGAUUCCGGGUUUAAGACAGCAACAAGUUUCAAGUUGAAUGAGGGAAUCAGUCAUUACCAUCCAAUUAGCUUUGUGGCAAAUGGGCUAAACAUGAAUUAUCUUAUGCAGCCUUUGUUUAGUUUGAGAGAUGAACACUAUACAGUUUACUUCAAAGUACACUCCUAAAAUGGGUUCAAAUGAAGUAGAAAUGAAAGUUGCAUAUAUGGCCCUUAGUAUUUUACAUUACACUCCUUGAUUGUCUAUUUCUUCAUCUCAUGAAUGAAAAGUACAUAAUUAUAUGAUAAUGGUAUGCAUUUAUUGUUGUACAA